AUGGGAAUUAGAGAAACUCUGUCACUUCUCAUCUUUCUUGUGUUCAUCAUCUCUUCCGCGAACUCUGAUCAAAGGAAUACCCUUUUAACAUUCAGAUCAUCUCUAUCCAACACCGCCGCCUUAUCCAACUGGAAUGCCAACACAAAUAUUUGCCAGGGAAACAUUUCAAUCUGGAAAGGCGUGAUUUGUGUCGACGAUGCCUUGUUUGGUUUAAGGUUGGAGAAUAUGAGUCUAGGGGGAAAUAUAGACGUUGAUUCACUUUCCCAAGUUCAAGGCUUGAAGACUCUGAGCUUAAACAACAAUAGCUUCACUGGCUACAUUCCGCCGGUGUACAGAAUUGGAGGUCUACGGGGGAUUUUCUUGUCGUAUAACAACUUUUCCGGCGAGAUUCCAGAUGGGUUUUUUUCAGGGAUGAAUUCUUUGAGAAAAGUUGACUUGGAUCAUAAUGGGUUUGUUGGGAGAAUACCGAAAUCAUUGGCGGGUUUAUCGAAAGUGAGGGAGGUGAAACUUAAUGAUAACCAAUUUCAAGGAAGAAUACCUGAUUUCAAGAACAGGGAUGGAAUUUCAUUAAAUUUCACUAAUAAUAAUUUGGAAGGCCCUAUUCCUAAAAGUAUGAAAUCCAUGGAUCCAAGCUUGUUUGCAGGAAAUCCAGGAUUAUGUGGUAAACCACUACAAACAAAAUGCAAGAAGAAAUCAAUUACAAAACUACUCCUCAUCGUCCUUUUCGUGGUACUAGCCGUGGCCUCCAUAGCAGCUCUAACCAUGGCAUUCCUUAUCUUCCGCAAGCGUAGAAGGUCUUACUCGGCCGAGCCAACCAAACUAGGCAAAAAAGAGAUAAAAGGAGUCAAUUGUUGUUACAAAGGGAGUUCACGUGGGGCGGUCCAAGACCAUAGCCCGGACACAUACAAGAAGGCUCAUCAAAAUGGGAAACUCCAAUUCGUGAGGAACGACAGUGAUAAUUUUGAACUUGGAGAGUUGUUGUCUGCCUCGGCCGAGGUCUUAGGAAGUGGGAGCUUUGGAUCGUCGUACAAGGCCACGCUUUUCAACGGUAGAACCGUGGUGGUUAAGAGAUUUAGGCAGAUGAAGAAUAAUGGGAAAGAGGAUUUCAAUCAACAUAUGAAGAGGCUUGGAAGAAUCUCACACCCUAAUUUGUUGCCUCUCAUUGCUUUCUACUAUAGAAAAGAAGAGAAGCUUCUUGUUUCUGAUUUUGCUCUCAAUGGUAGCUUGGCUAGCCAUCUUCAUGGGAAUAGUAGAGGGAAACAAUCAGGGCUCGAUUGGCCAAUGCGUCUAAAAAUCAUAAAAGGAGUAGCAAGAGGACUUGUCCACCUCCACAAAGAGCUUCCAAACCAAACACUCCCUCACGGCCACCUCAAGUCCUCAAACGUUCUCCUCACCUCCGACUUCACCCCACUUCUUUCCGACUAUGCCCUCGAGCCGGUACUCAACAAAGAGCACGCCCAAAACUUCAUGGUAGCCUACAAGUCGCCCGAGUCCUCGCGUAACAAGGGAGGACUCGGACACAAAACCGACGUGUGGAGCCUCGGGAUCCUAAUUCUCGAGGCUCUAACAGGUCGGUUUCCAGCAAACUACCUUAAACAGGGGAGGGGAGCCCAUGCUGAUUUGGCGUCGUGGGUGGACGCGGUUGUGAGGGAGGAGUGGACGGGGGAGGUUUUCGACGCGGGGAUGAAGGAGACGAAAGACGGGGAAGGUGAGAUGCUGAGGUUGUUGAAGAUUGGAAUGUGUUGUUGUGAAUUGGAUGUGGAGAAGAGGUGGGAUUUGGGAAUGGUUUUGAGUAAGAUUGAGGAGCUUAAGGAAAGGGAUAGUGAGGAGUUUGAUUCUUCAAGCUAUGGAACAGAAGGUGAUCUUUCAUCAUAUAACUCUUCUUAUAAUAAUCAUAUUCAUCAUCAUGAUAAUAUUGAUAAUGGUAAUAAGGAUCAUGAUAAUGAUGAUAAUGAUGAUGGAGAUGAUGAUAAAAGUAAUAAAGGUCUUACUGAUCAUGAAGAUUUCACUUUCUCUGUGCAAAAGUGA